AUGUCUAUUCAAGUGAAUCAUGGGAGAAGCAUCCCUGGUGAUGAUGGGUCUGACAGUGAUCAUGACGUCCUGACACCAAUCCUAGGGGUUAACACUUCAGUAAGAAUUGAAGAGCCAAAAUUACAAAUAGGCACGGGAUGGUUCAGUUCAUCAUUUCUUGUGGUCAAUGCAGCUCUGGGAGCGGGUCUUCUCAAUUUUCCUAUGGCAUACCAUCAGGCAGGGGGCGUGCUGAUAGCAGUAACGAUCCAAUCAAUAUUCGUGGUGUUUGUUGUGGUGGCCAUCAUGAUCCUGGGCUAUUGCUCAGACAUCAGCAAGACCAACACAUAUCAGGAUGUGGUUCACUCUGUCUGCGGCUCCCUGGCCCAGCUGGCUUGUGCUGUGUGUAUCAUGCUGUAUUGUUUUGGUACUUGCAUCACAUUCUUGAUCAUCAUUGGAGACCAGUGGGAGUUGUUUUUCCUGGAUGUUUCCAAAAGCGCCUACUGUGGAGCAACCCCAUUUUACAUGUCUAGAGCUUUCACAAUCACAGUUUCCUCCAUCCUAUUUAUACUUCCUUUGUGUUUUCCAAGAAGGAUAGACUUUUUAAAAUAUGCCAGCAUUGUUGGAGUGAUCGGCAUUUUGUAUGUAGUUGGCCUUGUUACUGUGAAAUACUUUCUUCCUCAUUCUGAUCACAAACCAGCAGUAACGCAGCCAAACUCUUGGAUAGAUGUGUUCCUUGUUGUUCCAGAUAUUUGUUUUGCCUAUCAGUGUCAUGUGAGCAUCAUUCCUAUCUACUCAUGUAUGGAGAAAAGAAAUCUGAAGGAGUUUUCCAAGACUGUUAGCAUGGCCAUGGUGCUGUGUGUUCUGACCUACUCUGUUACUGCGGCUCUUGGUUACUUACAGUUUGGUGCUGAUAUCACCUCAGAUAUUUUGCUAUCUUUUGACCAAAACGCAGAGGUGAUGGUGGCGGUGGUGUUAAUAGCAUUCAAGACAUAUACCACCUACCCGAUACUUUUGUUCUGUGGAAGGGCUGCUUUGGACUGUGUCUGGCGAAUGUGUUGGAGAUUGACACCACAGGAAGCACUUGUAUACGAACGAAGGCGUCAUAUCAUCAUGACAUUGGCCUGGUUCAUCUUGACCUUGCUGCUGUCGGUGUUCAUUCCAAACAUAGGAGUGGUCAUUCAGAUACUUGGUGCUUUGGCUGCUGUAUUUAUUUUUAUCUUUCCAGGUCUGUGUUUACUGAAGGCAAUGCAAAACAGAAUAGAGUCUGACAUUGAACAGCCAAGGAAAGUGUAUGCCCUUAAAGCUUUUGCCAUCAUCUUCCUCAUUGUCGGAGCUUUUAUCUUUGGACUGACCUUCACACAAGCUAUCAUGAAAGAUGUCGAGGGGGCCAAGCCAGACUCCUCUAAAUUUACGUGUAGCUCUUCGUCUUAA